UCUCAAACUUUCUGCUCAUUAUAGCUUUCCAGAUGCAGCAAAACACCCACAUCUUUUGGAGAUGUGGGUGUUUAGCAUUAAGCAAAACUCUCGAACUAUGAAUGAGUUUGCCCCAAAGAAAUGGAGUCGGAUUUGUUCAGAACAUUUUUCUGACCAUAUGAAGGAAACAGUCGGGAAUAGAGUUGUGUUAAAACUGAAUGCGGUGCCAACUAUAUUCAAAAAUGCUGUGAAUAUAGACUACAGUGAUGAAGGGGCUAAAGGUUUACUAGAUGCUGCUAGUUAUAUAGAAACACAACUCAAUAUUCCUGUGAAUGAAGUAUGUAUUGGAAAAUCUAUUGUAAGUGAGGAGGUUGAAUUUGAAAAAAGCCUUGUGCCCAUGCCAGAUUUAGUCAUGGAUGAUAAUCAAAUAAAUUUGACCCAGGAUGACUGUACUAUUGAAGAACAUGAUAAUCAGGUGAUCAAUUUCAACUGUUUAUUGCAUGAUCAUACAUACAGUUGUCAAUCUCCUUAUAGACUGAAGCGUCAGUUAGAGGAGGUCAUUGAGAAAGCUGAGUCACUUAAGAAAAACUUAAGAACAGCAGAAUGCAAAAUGGUAGUCUGAGAAUGAAAGUCAAUGAUAUGUCUUCUGUUGUUUCUAGUUUAACAGAGGAAGGUUUUGUUAAUGUUGAUCAGGCUGAAAUUCUUAACAAUACCCUUUCAGGAGUGUCAAGGGAUAUAUUUAAUAGGUUAACACAUGAAGAUAAAACACGUGUUUCCUACCCUCCUGA